AUGUCUAUCGUCUCGCAUCAAACUCCGUCGCGCUUCCCAAGCAGUUCUACCUCAGCUGCGACUACUACCACUUUCCCCGAUUUCACUCGCCAUAAUCCAGUCCAUCGUCCGCCCCUCUUGUCGAUUCCUCAAAUCCAAUCUACCGCCAUCUCAACCUCGACCCACAGUCCAUCGCAAUCACCUCCAACGUCUGCCUCCGAAUAUUCACCUAAGCUCAACAAACCUCUAACACCCACGCGGGAGAAGCGGCGCAAACUUCGCAGCACCCGUACAGGGUCACCUGUCCCCGACUCACCCUCCCUCAAUGCGUCCAGUCUCCGCCCCAAAAACAAGCAUCCGUGCCGUAAAUCUCGAAACCAACAUCAAACUGAACCACGCAGCGACGAUGAAGACUAUAAACCUUUGCUUCCUCUCCAACGUCUCCACCUGAAAUCAUCGGCACCUCCUCUCCCACCCACUAUCCCUCAAGAUUUCAUGAUUGCACCAUCUCAAUACUCUUACGCCCAUACUCCAACAAUAGAGCCUUCCCUCGAUCUCCUCCCAACCUCCCAUUGGGUUCAUAAAGACACUACCCAAAUUAACUCGGCCCAAUCGAUCCAGCAUUUCGUCAUCUCAUGA